CCUACAAAUGUUUCAAAAAGUGUGCCUCUUUUAAAAAGUCAUUUUAAAAGUACAUAUAUUAUGAAAUAAAAAAUCUAAAAAUCAAGAAAAUGUGCGACGUACAAAAGCUGCUCGAUGGUCUAUACCUGACUUUCACCAAAUACAAGGAGUUGCGAAAAAAUGAAAUGGUUGAGAUCCUAAAACGUGUGCGCUGCUGUGAUUGCGGCCACAAAAAAAGGCUUGAUAGGGCCUUGAUGUGCAAGUCAAAAUGCCCGAAAUCCCCAGCUCAGGGUCGCAGGAUGAGCUUUCUUCUCGUCGCCUGUUUCGGAUUGCUUAUCCUGAUCUCCAUAUAUGUGAUCUACAUGGCCCGCCGAUACAAUCAUGUUCGAGCCUAUGGCAGCAACGCGUGCGGGUCGAGUUUUUUCUAUAGCUACAAGGACUGCGAAGUGUUCUACUAAAGGACUCUGGCACCAAAUCUCACUUACCUGCUUUUAUUUUUGAAAUCACACACUGGUAAAUGUUGCUGUUUUGAUUCUAUGGCUUAAGUUGCAUGUUUUUUUUCAUUCUUAAAUAUGUUUGUCCAGUGAAAAAAUGUGUAAUUUAAUUUGUAUUUUAUAGAUUUUACUAAGAAAAUUAUAAGUUUGAAGUUUGUAAAGAAGCCAGUGAGAUUUUAAACAAAAAUGUUACCUAUAAAAAAGUGAGAUUGAAUAUAUUCCUCAUUGUUCACUUA